UCUGCGCUCUCCCUCGUGAUUCACUCUGACAUUACAAAACGACAAUAAACCAAACCAAACGAUCAAAUGGGCCCAUCAUCAUCAUCUUCGUCUUCUCCAUGUUGUUACGUUUUGAAACGAUCAUCAAAAUCACCCAAAUUUCAAAACCAAACCCAACUUAAAAUAUCAAAAAUAAAACAGACCCACAUACCAAAUUCAACUCCAUUUCUUGAAUUAAUCCGUCAUUCCAAUACCCUUUGCUCUCUUUAAUCUUAAAAUGAAGUGUUUUCAUUUCUCCAACGGCGAAAAAAAGGACGAAGACAACGACGGUGGCGGAAACGACGUCGUUUCGAGGGUGGUUUCAAGGGUUUCAUGGGCAAGAUCAUUGAGUAUAGCAUCAAGCAGUGUGGACACAGCUUCAACAACGAGAAGGUCCGAGUUUGACUCGGAGUGUUGUGACUCGUCGAGAGAUUUGUCUGACUCGGUUGGGUUUUUUGAGCUGUUGUCUCAGAGAAGAGCUAAUGAUCUGAAAGUUUUUAGUUUUGGGGAGCUGAAAUCUGCUACGAAAGGGUUUAGUAGAGGCUUGUUGAUUGGUGAAGGAGGGUUUGGUUGUGUUUAUAAAGGUGUGGUUAGGGUGCUUGAUUCUCGGUUCGAUGUUGCGAUUAAACAGUUGAAUCGCCAUGGUUUCCAGGGGCACAAGGAAUGGAUAAAUGAGGUGAAUUUCUUGGGUGUAGUUAACCACCCGAAUCUUGUUAAGUUGGUUGGAUAUUGUGCUGAGGACGAUGAAAGAGGGAUGCAACGGCUUUUAGUCUAUGAGCUUAUGCGAAAUAAAAGCUUAGAAGAUCAUUUAUUGGCUCGAGUUCCGGUUCCUCUUUCGUGGAUGACAAGGUUGAAAAUUGCCCAAGAUGCUGCUCGUGGCUUAGCAUACCUUCACGAAGAAAUGGAUUUUCAGUUAAUAUUUCGAGAUUUUAAAGCGUCAAAUGUUCUGCUAGAUGAGGAGUUCAAUGCAAAGCUUUCAGAUUUUGGAUUGGCUAGACAGGGACCUCCUGAAGGACUUGGCCAUGUUUCUACAGCAGUUGUGGGCACAGUCGGUUAUGCAGCUCCAGAGUAUGUUCUGACCGGGAAGCUGACCUCAAAGAGUGAUGUCUGGAGCUUCGGGGUAGUCCUCUAUGAGCUUAUCACCGGAAGGCGAGCCCUAGAAAGAAACCUACCUCGGCCUGAGCAGAAGCUAUUGGAAUGGGUAAGACCAUAUGUAUCAGACUCAAAGAAGUUCCACCUUAUCUUAGAUCCACGACUCGAAGGAGAAUAUUCUGUCAAAUCCGCUCAGAAACUAGCUUCCUUGGCUAACAAGUGUCUAGCAAAACAACCGAAAUCUCGCCCGAAAAUGAGCGAGGUAGUAGAGAUACUCGGUAGCAUCAUCAGUGAGGCCUCAUCUUUAGAUGAAGUUGCCUCUGAGCCUGUAGCGGAAACUGAAGACGUUAAAGAAGAAGCCUCUGUGGAGACUGAACCCGAGUCUACGAAACACUGGAAUGGUUAUCGGAAGAAGAUAUUUGAUUUACGAGAAAUUGUUAACUUAAGGAAUAGAUCAAUAGGGAAAUUAGAUUGGAGAAAUUGGACGCCGUUGAUAAGAACUUCAGACUAGGCUCAAUCAUACGCUCUUUAAUCGUCACAAGAAUGGCCGAUUGCGGUUCAUCGUCGCAGUUGACAAAGGCACGUCGGUAUAUGGAAUGCAUACGAGAUAGCUGUAAAUAUAGGUCAGAAUGUAACAUGUGUGUGAUCUAUGCUAUGUAAUUUUUGCUUAGGGUGGUGACAUUAACAUAUGAUAUGAUAUAGAGAGAGAUGCUAAGUUAAUUUCCUGAGCCUAUUUUUGAUGGCUAGUGUUGUUGAAGGGCUGGUUCCCUAAAGUAAUUAUUUGGCUAAUCCAUCUUUAGGCUUCUGUAUUUAAUAUUUUUGUUCAGACUUCAAAAGUUUAUCUUCCUGGA